AUGACAAGUCAAGAGCAUGCUUCAAAGAAAAGGAAAUUUACAUCAAAAGUAUGGAAUGAUUUUGAUUGGUCACGAGACAAAGAUGGUAAAGAAAAGGAUACGUGCAAGCAUUGUAGGAAGGAAUAUGCUUAUGACAGUCAGAAAGGAGGAACAUCAACUAUGUCAAGGCAUUUAAAGAAGUGCCCUAGACUGAAGAUGCAAGAUGUGGGGAAACUUUUGUUAUCUACAAAUAAUGGAGAACUGGAUACUCGUGCACGCAAAAUAGAUCAAUCAAAGUUUCGGGAUUUAGUUUCAAGACUAAUUAUUGGUAAAAAUCUCCCCUUUAAUUGUGUAGAAUGGACUGAAUUUAGGGAGUUAUGUAUUUAUCUGAAUGUCGAUGUUGAAACCAUAUCAAGGAUACUACAAGGUCUGAUAUUCUUAAAAUGCAUAAGUUCCAAAAAGAAGUUAUUCGCAAGAAAUUACAAUGUGCUCCAGAAGUUUCUUUUAAAUUUUUCUCCACUGCCACCACCCCAUACUGGUCAAGCACUUUCAGAUAAGUUAUUUCUGAUGUUAAAUGAUUGGGGAAUUGAAGGAAAAGUAACCAGCAUCACUUUGGAUAACGCUGCAUCAAAUACUUCAUGUGUUAAGAUAAUGAAGAGUCGAUUCAUUUCAAGGAAUGUUAUGUCGGAUACUGGGAAAAGAAACUUUCAUAUAAGGUGUUGUGCUCACAUAAUAAAUCUUAUUGUAAGAGAUGGACUGACAGAGAUUGAUCCAGCAGUAAUCAAGAUAAGGUUAGCAGUGAAGUACCUUAAAGGUUCACAAAGAAGAAAACAAAAUUUCUUGGAUACUGUCAGCGAUUUAGGAACGUCAGUAAAGAUGGGUGUUCGACAAGAUGUUAAGACAAGAUGGAAUUCUACUUAUCUUAUGUUGCAAAUUUGUAUUUCGUAUGAAAAAGUCUUCACUCAUUUGAGGUUGGUGGACCCUGACUAUGCAGAGUCUCCUAAUGGGGAAGAAUGGGAGCAAAUCAAAGUGGUCACGAAGUUUCUCAAGAUUAAAGUAUUAUUAGAUCAAGAGACAACUAAUGACAUUGAGUUCAUCAGAAACAUGGCGAAGAAAAUGCAAGAAAAAUUUGCCAAGUGUAUCCUGUUGAGCGUGAAAUGA